UGGAUUACUUGAGGCCUUCUUUAUACUAUGAUAUCAGUCACUACUGGAUACUAUGCCAGAACACUUCUUGUUUACCCUCGGAUUAGUUUAUAUUUCAUUGGAUUAUUGUUGGUUCAGUACACAUGCUCGGCGCUUGGCAUAGUGGACGGUUCACUGGAUUCGAAGAUUCCUUCUCUCUGGUACGACGUGCAUGCAGACAGUGCCUAUUCAUCCUUCCCAUCAACCACGACAUGGCCCCUCCAUUCCGCCAAUCUGGCGCGGUACUUCCAUCGACGAACGCGUCGGGGGAGCAGCAAUGCAGUGCCUUCACCACCACGGGUUGUCCCCGACUUGCCAACUUCUGUUAGGUUUUUCGAUCGAACUGGCUACCAAAUACGGUGCCGCGCAACCGGCUAUCCACCACCCACAAUUCGUUGGUUCUGGUUACCUACCACCAAUGGCGGACAAAUGUUACCUGCAUCGCCCGACCAUUUGAUAAUGCUGUCUGCCAUCGAAGUGCCCAUUGGCGACGGAUCGAACUUCUCCGAGGUCGCAUCGUUAUCACGCUCUGCUAAUCAUUUGGAAGCAAGCUCAUCGGUCGCGGGACAUCCCGUGCCCGGUGGAUUGGAGUCAAGCUACUAUUCAUCGUUCGAGCGUGACCAGGUCAACGAGCUAUUGGACCAAGUCGUAUCCACCAAAUCGAUCGUCGUCGGUGAUGGCUGGCUCAACUUCACCGCAGCAGGUGUGGCUGCAAUGCGAUGGGUUUUAUUUUGUCAAGCUGAAAAUUAUUUGGUUCCACUGCCCGACGAAAACCUUCGAAUCAUCUACAACACAUUUCACAUUGAUCCAGGACAAAAGGCGGUCAUAUCUUGCCAUCCGGAACAGUCCAUCUUUAAUCGAUUUUUGAAAGUUCAUUACUGGGAAAUUUACAUGAACGGCACGCUGAUUCACACUGUCGAUCACUCAUUUGACCGAUUUAGCAUGAUCAACGUUACCAAGCACCCAGAACUUCACAUUCGUUCGGUUACUGAGGCGGAACUGGAAGGUCUGGAAGUCCGGUGUGUUCUGCAAUCGAUCGUAGACGAGUCUGUGAAGGUCGAGAGGCCUGAGCGAGGCCGCUUACGGCGUCUCCGGAUGGGGUUAUUCUACACAGAACAACGGAGCGUCAGUAGUGACGUGGAUGUUCUUCGGGGUUCAACUGUGGAACUUCCUUGGGCUGUGGAAGGCAAAGCCCCUGUCGGCGCCAACUGGUUUUACGUGAAUACACUGACAGGAGUUCGUUAUCUGUUGAGCUCAGACACGCCGCUACCGUUGCCCGAUGGAUCUGGAAAGGGAAUCUCCCCAACGAACAGUAGCCAGCACUCGUAUGGUGGACGGAAAGUGCCUCGGUUCCUACCGGGUGGUACGGAAUACGAACUGGUGAACGGCGCUUACGGGAACUUGAGGCUGAUCAAUUUGUCUGUGGCCGAUUCCGGACAGUUUAUGGUUGAAGUCCCGUACUCAGCACGUCCACAAGUCAAGUAUACAGUCCAAGUCAGAGCCCCUCUUGGUGUGAAAAUCACCCCGAGUCAGCGUACUGUAGACUGGGGCAGCCAUGUUGAACUGGACUGCAUUGUGAGUGGUAAUCCUCGUCAUUUGGUCUACUGGCUCCACAACGGUCGUCCUGCACCUCGACGACAUCAUGUGCGAACUGUCUCCGGCCCAGCGGCAGCAACCGCUUCGGCAACAGAAUAUGUUGCAACGCCGAAAUCCCUCGAUUCUCUCUCGCAGCGUUUGAUAAUUGAGGCGUUCACUCUGGAGGAUGUUGGCGUUUAUCAGUGUGUCGUGGAAAAUGGACAAACUGUGGGAUCGCUUGCUUCGAAUAUGUUGCCAACACUGACGGGAUCGUUCCACAGUGAUGCUCCAGCGACAGGCUCCAGUGAGAGUCCAGAUCGGGACCUGACACAUCCACCCGUGUCCCUACCAACUGCGGGUGAAGUAUUACGUGACUUGACCGACAACGCACAGGCAACUGCCCUCCUCUUGAUGGGCAAAAUGCGUCCCUCGUUAAAGUGGCAACAUCCGGCGGUUGAACCGACUUCGAUCAAAGCACAGGUACUUCUUUCUAUCCAUUCGGUGGCCACUACCAACGUGACACUGGAAUGUCGGUUUGCCGCCAAUCCAACACCCAAAAUCGAUUGGUUUCGGGACGAUCUACCGAUUCCUCUGGAACAAGCUGGUGUUAUUGCUCCUGAACUGGCCGAGGACACAUCCACUCCCUACACUCUCAUCACUCGAUUGAGAAUCGAUAUACGGAAGGCACCGAAUCUUGAAGAACUGUGGGUCUUUGGCGGUGAGUAUCGAGCUGUGGCUACUAAUCCACAUGGAGAAGCGGACUGUCGUACCUACGUGCUCUUGGAAACCCCACUUCGUCUACGCCCGAUGGACGCGUUGAAGGUGGCCAUCGCUGGUCGAGCACAUACGCUGAAGUGUUAUUUUAUUGGAAGUGGAAUACCGGCACUUCAGUGGCAUCGCAUCAAGAACGGUCGAGAGAUUCAGCGUAUCCCUGUGGAUCACAGACAUCAUCUGCUCGAAGACGGUCGUGUGCUGCGAAUCACGGAAAUCAGUCAAGAAGAGGACGAGGCGGAAUAUCGAUGUACCGCGAUCUUGGGGGACCAUUCGGCGAAUAGCACGGUGAAAUUGAAAGUCUCGCAUGCACCGCGGCUGUUUGAACUUCCACAGACAAGACAAGUAAAAUACACGCACGACACGCUGUCCUACAGUUGCACUUUACAGAACCGCGCUGACAAACCGUGGUACGCUUGGUGGGAAUUCCAACAUGAGGGUACAAACGCCCUUAUCCCCUUGCCAGCAUCGAAGCAGGACAGAUACAAUGAAUUUGUCGUCUCGUACAUGGAUGACCUGGUAUCGCGAUCCGAAGGUCCCCCAUGGCGUCUGCCCGACAGUCUUCGUGAUAAAGUCCCUUUAUUCGCACAAAGCGAACCGAAUGCCGGGGUGCAUGUCUCUGUGAACAAGCUACAGAAGGAGAAACAUCAUGGAAAUUUGACGUGCGUCGUUGUGAACGAAGUUGGUGAGGAUAGGCAAUCCAUCCGAAUCACUUUCAUCCCCGAAUUGGAAUUCGCGAUCCGACCACCGAACAAUCAAGAUGUGACUUUGGGACAAACGAUGUCCAUCGAUUGUGCAGCCAAACCCUCCGACUUAAAACCAGUUGUGGAAUGGAAAUAUCUGCAAAAAACAACUGGCAACUACGUCGGUGUGACUGAGCUUUCCGAAGCCACCAACGGCCGCAUUCGACAGUACUCCAACGGCACACUCCUGUUGUCGAACGUCGACGAGUCGGAUCCACGUGAAUUUCUCUGCUUCCUUAAACCUGGCCGUCUAUCAACGGCCGCUCAACGAAGCUCAGCUGUAAAUCUCGAGGUCCAUGUCCCGGCACGAAUCGAUCCUAUCGAUCAUGUGGAAAGAGUCCGCGGUUCAAGAUUCAACCUCACUUGCAGUGUUCACGGGGACCCCGAUGAUCUUCAAGCAGCCUGGUACUACCGCCCGUCUGGGCGAACAAAAUGGCAACUGAUCGACAAGCCCUGCGUUGUUCCUUGGUCCGUACUGGAUAAGGAACAUUCACCCGACGGGAUGACUUCACCUCCCGCGCAUUAUGACCAGUCUAGUGAUGGCUCUCUCACGCCGGACAGUUCCGAUGAGCAUUCCAGUUCCGUCGACUGCCAAAGUUUCGCCAAUGAAGGUCUUGAAAGUGGCAUUCUAUUUCGACAGGUGGCUUUCUUCAAACCAAACAAACGUGGACUGGACAAACAGCUCCAAUUCAUCAGCGUCAAAGAAGCACACAUGGGCGAGUAUCUGUGUCGAGCGUCCAACCGAUUCAACCGGGAUUCUCAGGGAGCCCGAACUGAAGUCGAGGUUUUCGUUCGACUGACAGUCAUUUCUGUCCCCGGACCUGUGAACAUCGUCUACAACAGCUCGCGAACCACUGCCACAACCGUGUUCUUCGAAUGGCAUGCUCCAACUCACGAUGGGAACAAGCCGAUCCGCAAGUAUCGAAUUCGAUAUGCUCCGUCGGAACCCAGCAAACUUACUAUGAGCCGAGGACCACAGCCAAAUGUCACCGAGAUAGAAGUGGACGAGAGUACGCGUCAAAUCCUGUUGGAGGGUUUACGCCCCUACACCAUGUACAGGAUCACUUUGGUUGCGAUCAACGACGUUGGGCCCAGCGAAGAGAACGUGCUACCUUUGACCACGCAAGAAUCGAAACCUGAUGGACCCGUACGUCGUCUGGUCGCCAACGGUACGGCUUCCGACACGAUCGCAGUGAGUUGGGACAAUCCGGCCCCGGAACAUCUGAAUGGCAACGUGGAUCGCUACUGGGUUUGUCGACAACGUGUGAACGCAACCUUUUCCACAAGUGAAUUAGCCCGGCUCAGUUGGCCUGCUGACUCUCCUGAUCAUAUGAGUGGCCAACCUGUCCGGGGACGAUUUGGACAUGUGCAUUGUGCCAAAAUUCUCCGUCAAAAAGACUAUGAAGUAACCGGGCUGCCCAAGUUCACGGCUUACGCGUUCCGUGUGAUCGCGUUGAACAGCAAAGGCUCUUCUCCGCCGGCUUUCACUCAAGCUCGGACUCUGGAGGAUUUGCCACAAGCCCCGCCCACGGAUGUCACGUGCACGUCCCAGCAGCACAGUAUCACUGUUUCGUGGAAUCCCCCACAUCCGGAUACAAUCAACGGGAUUUUAACAGAGUACCAUGUCCGAUACUUUGCUGCAAAUGUGUUUGGAGACGAAACGACCUCAGUCAAUCAGGCAGUUCAAGGUCAGACGACAGUAACCUUGGCGGGACUUUUGGCGUUCACCAACUACUCCAUCCAAGUCGCUGUCAGUAAUCGCAAGGGACGAGGUCCAUCAUCUACUCGCAUCAUUUGUCGGACCAAGGAAGCUCCACCAACCGCCCCUGAUCGUGUCAAAGCAACCCCGUUGAAUGCAUCGUGUCUGGUCGUUUCUUGGUCCCACCCACGAAAACCGCAAGGUCUCACAAAACAAUACUGCAUCGAAGCAAUCCCAUUGAUCAAAGCUCCACAGGAUGGCCUCAUCAGUUUGAGUGCGUCCGCAUCGCCUGAGCGCGGCAAGGCUUUGUGUGUACGGCCGGACUUCUCGAUGUCCUACAACCAGUAUACUUAUUGUGGUCUAAUGGAACAAAGACCUUACAACAUUUCUGUUCGAGCGACCAAUCAUUUCGAGGGGCACAAGGCCUGGACUGGUCCGGUCUACCCUGUAGCCAAUCCUCCACCAGGAAUUAUCUCAAUAGGUGGCAAACUGCAAGUGCAGAACAAAAUGCCCGUCAGCAUGGAUUGUUUGGUUACGACCAACUAUCCUGUGCGCUGGAGCUAUCCACUGGACGACUUAGACGGCAUCUCACUUUUGGACAACGGCACUUUGUCGAUCAAGAGCACGGAAACUGCUCACAGUGGGACCUAUCAAUGUACUGUGCUCUCAGACACCAUCACUUAUGAUUUGGUUGUGCAGGAACCACCUCGGAGGCCGAUCUGGCACAAAUUCACCCCCAGUCUUCGUGGCAUUCAAGCCGAAUGGCUCUCUCCCGGUUCCAAACGACUGGAUGCACCCAUUUUGUGGUUCUAUUUGAACUGGACCAACGCUUACACGGGCGCUCAAGACACAGUCCAGCUCCCGGCUGACCAGCGCACCUACUAUCUUUCUAAUUUGACCUGCGCGACUACGGUGAAAUUCCAAUUGUGUGCCGCAAACAAAGUGGGCAACAGCUCGCUCACUGAAGCCACUUCGUGGACUACAUUGGGUUCCGCUCCACAAGCCGCAAACGCAGCGCAGGUGAUCCCUACUCAUCUGCGGUCGCAGACUGCCGUCACGUUUAACCUGUCCAGCUUCCUUCCGGGGAGUGGUUGCUCGCCGCUAUUCUACCGUCUGUUGAUUGCCCCGUCAGAGGAUGGUCAGUUCGGUUUGAAACAAACGGUCAUUAAUCGGACAUUAACGCGAGCCGAUCUAAUCACCUUGGACGGUUUAGAUCGUGAGAGGUGCUGCUACAAUGUGACCAAUUUGAAUCCGGGGGUCCAUUAUCACUACAAGAUUGUAGCCACGAAUCCGGCUGGUUCUGCCAGUAUCCAGGGUCAAUUCUGGACGUUUACGGUUUUCGGGCAUGAACCGAUGCUUCGUCAAACACGUCUCCUCGGCAAAUCCGGCCUACUCCAGCAGCCCACAGUCAUCAUUCCGAUCACCAUCCUAUUCGCUAUCUUGCUCAUCGUCCUGAUCGCCCUCCCGUUCCUCUGUCGACAUCGCCGCCUGGAAGAACAUCUUCAUCCGGCCAAGGAAGUAACGCAAUGUCGAAAUCAGCUGCGUCCUGACGAGGAGGCGACGAAUCAAGCUCCCGGCGGAUUGCAGCACCCCUAUCAUUCGUAUCAGUUCACACGACCAACCCGUUCCGGCCUGCCACCGAUUCCGACCACGCAAGCGGACUCCCAAGCUAGCACGGUUGUGUUGACUGGUCGAUUAAACUCAGGUGGUCGUGGCUUAUACAGUUGGUUCAGUAGUAAACGGACUCGACACUAUGACCGUGGUCGUCCCGCGCCGGAUCAGACAGACAUGGUGAAAUCUGCUCAGCUUUGUGAGCCUCCAGAAGAAGACAGGCUAUCCACCAACUCGAUUGACAGUGAGGGCAAUAUUAACCCAUAUGCGACCUACGCGGCGAGUGGAUUCCCCGAAUUGACUGGACAAGUCGGAACCGUAUCCGGUGUGAGUGCGCCGGGGAAUAAGACGCUUGCGACCAGUGGAGAUCCAACUGCUGAGGCCACCACGCGAACAAGAGACUCGUCAAGGAACCCACAAUCUGCCUUGGACUCGUCUAGGCUAUGGAAUACUUCCAGACAACGAGGUAACCGUUUCGUGGCUUACCUAUUGCUUAUGUCAUUGGCUCAUCUGGUUACUUCCAUGCCUUGCUAA